ACUUUGACACAUUCAAUCAUUCAAACAACUUCAACAACUACAACACAAGGAACAAUGAUCAACCCUGCAGCAGAGGCAAUGCAGCAGCAGCAACAGGCUGCCAAUGCUCAGUCAAUACCAGAUCAUAUAGAUAGCGAGAUGCUUGCAAUGAAUCAAAAGUCACAACACUUCUGUCAGAUAUUGAUUGCAACAGCAGGAGGUUGUGUUGCAGGAGUGUUUGGAUUCAGUGGCGUCUAUGGCUUCAUCUUCUAUGUAUUGGUUCAUCUAAUGUUCUGCUCACUAUACAACCUGAAAGAGAAGAACCUUCAACAUUACUUCAUCACACCAAAGACAAUGUGGUAUGACAGUCUAAGUUCUGGUCUAAUGACAUUCGUCUUGUUCUGGACAUUCUUCUAUAACAUUAUACACAUAUAUUGA